AUGCCUGAUCACUUUGUGCACACCACAAAAAGAAGUAAAAAGGCGGGGAGGAAAACGUCGCUAACAGAAGGAGAAGACCAAAAAUCAAGAGCGACAAGACAUCGUUUUCCUCCUCCCAAGAAAGGCAGCAGUCUUUACUCUACCCUACUCUUUUUGAGUGGUUUUGUUUACCGUGCGACACUGCCAUCUAGCGACUACUUCAGGAUCUGCACCCAACUCGCGCACGCCAGCACGACGUCGACGUUUAGACUGUCCUUGGAUUGAGAAGAAAGGCCGGGAAGUCAGCACACUUGCGUGUUUAGGGUCUUCUGUAGCCACUUCUGGGCAAAAGUAGAACGUCAUGGAGAGCUGGGAGUAUUUUAAGAAGAACUUUGACCCCAACAACAUUAUCCCUUACAACUUCGAGCCGUACCUUCCAGACUCAGGAGAGAGUGGGGAGGGGGGCAGUGGUGACGAUGCUUGUCUCUCCCCGCCGGCCGAACCGGAGACCAUCGCGGCCGUCACCAUCCGAGAGUGGGACCAGCUCGAUGAAAAGACCGCCAAGUGGAGGCUGAAGCACUUCGUGUGGUGUCGGUGUGGCGGGAAAUGCCGACAGAUGACGACUGUACACGAGAGCGUGUGUUGCCACGACUUGGUGGAAGCUGAGCAGAAGGGGGUGGGAAACGACAUCCUGUGUCUGACAGAACACGACCGAUUCAAACAGCUCGUCCUCGACAAGGACUUGUUGAAAAUAUUCAUGGUCCAGAAGAAGGCGUUGGAAGAAGAGCUAAAAGAAGAUGAUAGUUACGAUGAUGAUGAUGACGAUGAUGAUUAUGAAGCCCCAGAAAUCGACAACGGAGCCUAUUGGCUCCAGGCGUACAGUAAUUGCUCGUAUUUUCUCCACAACAUGAACGAGAAAUGUGUAGGAAGCGCCAUUCCUUCAUGUGUCGUGCAGGCGAUCAACGAAGCAUUCCCGUAGCCAUAUCUGAGGCUCAUUCCAUCACAUUAUGUACUAUCUAUGUUAUUGCACACCGGUGUAGGUUAUGCUUCAUAAGCCAAGAAGGUUCAAUUCCAUUCUGAAUUAAUCUACCACCUGUUACUACAUGUACUAUUAGUACGUACAUGUAACUGUUACGUUGCCCAACAUCAGCUGUAUUUUUAAGUUGCAACUGCAGCUAUUUCAGUGCACAAUAGAUAUAGAAGUGUUAGUUGCCAGCAGUUGCUCAUGUAUUCUAUAUAACUAACCAAAGACAUUACUUAGUACAUGUAUAUAGUGUAGAAUUAUGUCUUUGAACAAAAGUUCAGUUGUUCAGUAUUGCUACAACCUCACCACUAGUCUACUUACAUAGUUAGCUGUAGUAAGUUACUGUUAGACAUUACAUGUAGACUAUAGCUAUAGGAACAGCAUCACAUGUACUUUCUAGCAUGAUAUCAUCCGUAAUGAUACAUCAAGUUUGUUCCAAUAAACUUUUGUUUCACAGUCUUGA